AUGCCUGUGUCUCCAGACGUCGUCGCCCUUAUUACACAUAAAAAGGCCCAGUACUGCCACUCCGCCGAUUCCAACCAGUGGCAGGUUUUCGAAAAGACCUUCCUCCCCGACGCAACUUUCGUCUUCGUCGACGCCAGAGAUGAAGUUAUCAAUGUUGGGCGUGAAUGGUCAUUCUCCUCGAGGGAUGAUUUCGUUGCCUACUUCAGCAGCUCGUUCAAAUUUCAACAAACCAUUCACUUAGUCGGACCGGGAGAGUUUGAGCAAACCUCUCCAGAUGAGAUUAAGGUUACGUGGUCCGUCAUAUACCACUGUGGACCGAGAGAUAGUGAGACCGAGGGGCAUGGCACUGGUGGAGGGCACUAUCAUGAGAUCUGGAAGAAGCGAGAGGGAGAUUGGUUCAUGGCUAGUAUGAGAAUGAAGAGACUUUACUGGAGGACAUGA